CCGGGGUGACAUCCACCCGCACCCCCUCCCGCCCAGCUGGCCCAUGACUAAUUUAGGCAAAAGGCAGCGUGGAGCUAUUUCCAUGCAGAGGGAACAGGUGCGGGGAGAGGGGGGCGGGGUGCUUGCUCCCACCCCGUGGGCCAUGCUGCCAAUUGGCCGCGUGUGGCCUCCCUCGUGGCGGCCUCUGGGCUGCCCGGGCCUAUAAAGGUGCCAGGUUUUUCUCAAUGAAGCCGGGACGCAGCGCAGUGCAGCGUUGGACCCAGCGGAGUGCCCGGGAUUCAGCAGGCCGAGCGCGAUCCCCGCCGCCCCUCCGCGUGGAAAUGAAGUGCAUCGUGGGCAUCGGAGGCAUGACCAACGGCGGCAAGACCACACUGACCAACAGCCUGCUCAAGGUGCUGCCCAACUGCUGUGUGAUCCACCAGGAUGACUUUUUCAAGCCCCAAGACCAAAUCGCCGUUGGGGAGGACGGCUUCAAGCAGUGGGAUGUUCUGGAGUCCCUGGACAUGGAGGCCAUGCUGAGCACCGUGCAGGCCUGGAUGAGCAACCCCCGGAAGUUCGCCCGCGCCCACGGGGUCAGCGUCCAGCCGGACGCCUUGGACACCCACAUCCUCAUCCUGGAGGGCUUCCUGCUGUACAGCUACAAGCCCCUGGUGGACUUAUACAGCCGACGGUACUUCCUGACCGUCCCCUACGAAGAAUGCAAGUGGAGGAGGAGUACUCGAAGCUACGAGGUCCCCGAUCCCCCCGGCCUCUUUGAUGGCCACGUGUGGCCCAUGUACCAGAAGUAUAAGCAAGAGAUGGAGGCCAACGGCGUGGAAGUAGUGUACCUGGAUGGCAUGAAGUCCCGUGAGGAGCUCUUCCACCAGGUCCGGGAGGACAUCCAGAACUCGCUCCUGAACCACUCCUAGUGGCUGGGGGAUGGGGGGCCCGACCCCGGACUGGAGAGACACACAUACAAUUCCGGCCACAGUACGGCCAGGCUGGCGGCGUCCCAGCAAGAUACCGCACGACCAUUUUCCUUGGUGGAUGUCUGUACAUAUGAGAGUGGAGGCCCCACUCACAGCCCAGCAUCUCAGGGCCCUGGGAUCCGCCCUGAGAUGCCUCUGUAACCUCACAGCAGCUUAAGUAUUAAACCUGAUCCUAUUUUUUGUAA